AGUAUAGAUAUAAUAUAAAAAUUUGACUACGUUCCAUUUUCAAAGAGUUUAAGAGAAGUGUGAGAAAGAGGAAUUGUGGACCAAACUUAGGAGUUGAAAAGUGGCCUUUUUGUUGGAGAAUUGAACACCCUCCAAGUGGGUUUUUUUUGUUUUUCCAAGUAAGUUGAUGAAAGCCAUUUUUAAGAUACACUUGGUCUGAAUCUUUCUCUUUAACACUCACCCAAAUAAUCAGCUGAAGGUUAUAUAGAGAAAGAGGACAUGGCUACCAAAGAGGAGGAGACAAGAGAGCCACUCAUAGCUGUCGAAGAUGGAUCAGCUGACCAUGAAAGUAGCAGAGACCAUCCAUGGAUGGUUUACUUUAGCACUUUUGUUGCAGUUUGUGGUUCCUAUGAAUUUGGAACCUGUGCGGGUUAUUCAUCACCAACUCAGACUGCUAUAAGGAAGGAUCUCAGCUUAUCUUUAGACGAGUAUUCUCUAUUUGGCUCCAUAUUGACUUUUGGUGCUAUGAUUGGUGCAAUCACAAGCGGUCCAAUUGCUGAUUAUGUUGGUCGAAAAUGGGCCAUGAGAGUUUAUGCUGCCUUCUGUGUUGCAGGGUGGCUUUCCAUUUACUUUGCUCAGGGAGUUUUACCUUUGGACCUUGGAAGACUUGCAACUGGAUAUGGAAUGGGUGCCUUUUCCUAUGUGGUACCUGUUUUCAUAGCCGAAAUUGCACCCAAAAAUCUUCGAGGAUCACUAACAGCUGCAAACCAGUUCAUGAUCUGUGGUGGAGUAUCAGUUUCCUUCAUCAUUGGCAAUGUACUCUCAUGGAGGACAUUAGCAUUAGCUGGUCUUAUUCCAUGCGCUGUUUUGCUUUUUGGUCUCUUUUUCAUUCCGGAGUCUCCUAGAUGGCUGGCAAAGACAGGACGUCAUAAAGACUUUGAAGUCUCAUUGCAGAAACUUCGCGGUAAGAAUGCCAACAUAUCUCAGGAGGCGGCCGCAAUUCAGGAUUAUAUCACAACUCUUGAAAACCUUCCAAAGGCCAAAAUCUUGGACUUGUUCCAAAAGAGAUACCAGCGAUCUGUCACUAUAGGAAUUGGGUUGAUGGUUUGUCAGCAAUUUGGUGGGAUUAAUGGAGUUUGUUUCUACACCAGCAGCAUUUUUGAGUCAGCAGGAUUCUCAGCCAGCCUUGGAACUACAAUAUAUGCUAUUCUUCAGGUUGUGGUUACUGGACUUGGGGCAGUAGUGGUUGACAAAUUAGGAAGAAAACCACUGUUAUUGAUUUCGGGAUCAGGAUUGGUACUUGGCUGCAUUCUUCCUGCUCUUUCAUUCUACUUUAAGGUUCAUGAAUUGGCACUCAAAGCAGUCCCCAUUCUUGCUGUAACUGGAAUACUGGUCUACAUUGGAUCCUUCUCAAUUGGAAUGGGAGCAGUUCCUUGGGUUGUGAUGUCUGAGAUUUUCCCUAUAAAUAUCAAAGGGCAAGCAGGAAGCUUAGCAACAUUGGUGAAUUGGUUUGGUGCAUGGUUGUGUUCCUACAGCUUUAACUUUCUAAUGUCCUGGAGCUCUUAUGGUACCUUUAUCCUCUAUGGAGCAAUUAAUGUUCUGGGUAUAUUGUUCAUCAUCAUAGUGGUGCCAGAAACAAAGGGGAAAACAUUGGAACAAAUCCAAGCAGCCAUUAACGUGUAGAGAUUUAAGAAAUCGUUUUCAAUAAUAAAAAAAAGCUGAAGAACACCAGCAGUGUCUAUAACAAAGCUCAAACCAAACACCAAAAAGGAAAAUGUGCAAUGUAGUAACAAAUCGAUUAUGGUAUAUAUUUGAGAUAUGAUGUCAUAUAGUCAUGCAAAACCAUGCAUGAGUUUUACAAUAUAGUUAUAUGAGCUUCAAUUACUAAAGGCAAAGUUUGACGCCUAUAAUAUUUUAUCAACUCA